CUGAAUUUUCAACUUUUUCAGCUUGGCUCUGAAGAUGCUUGGCUUUGUCCAAGAUGCAAAAAACUCCAGCAAGGAACAGUGAAGAAACUGAGCCUAUGGACUCUGCCAGAGGUGCUGGUAGUUCAUCUAAAGAGAUUCAGGCAGGUCAGUAUUAUAGUAGUAUAGUAUUUUUUUUUUGUUACACAACAUCAGCUUCUCUUUUAUUAUUUUUUUUCUCUUAAGAAAAUUACACAGUGUUUUAAAAGUGGUCAGAGAUGUUUUUAACUCCCAUCAGUCAAAAUGAGCCAACAGCUGGCAAUUUUGCUGCUUUUGGUGGAAGAUUUGCCACGUACUCAACAUGAGGCCUUUGCCACCUGCUACUCUGAUUGUCAAGUGCACUAUUGUAAAUCAUUUGCCCCAUAUGUUUUACCACCAUAAAAAGAAGGGGGAUAGGAAUAUUAUUUUCAGAGCAGCUUUCAGAUUGGAGAGAAGGAAUUUUUAGCAAAAGAAAUAGUAAAAUGAAGAGUUUUUUCACAGAUUGCAUUAUAGAGUUACUUUGCAAAAGAAAGAACGAAGAAAGAGGUUCAGGCACUAGUUCUGUCAGUUUAGGACUGAUCCAGUAUGUCAGAACUCCUCUCUCCACCACCAAAAGAUGUAAAAAAGAAAAAUCUGUGACGGUUAAAUGAGUGUGCUAGUCAGCAAUGACAACUGCAGUGUACUCAUUAACACUUGCCAUUCCCCCAUGCAGACAUCGGCAGGUCGCACCAAGCUCCACACCUUGGUAGACUUCCCACUGACUAACUUGGAUAUGAAGACACAUUUAGAACCCCGCAUCAAAAGAUCAUCCCCAGAGACACACUCCUUAGGGUGGGGUACAUGGAGGCGUCAUCGCGUCCCUUCUGUAAUCGGAUCAGAUGAAGAACACCUUUAUGACUUGUAUGCUGUAUGUAACCAUACUGGUGGAAUGUCUGGUGGUCAUUACACAGCGUACUGUAAGAAUCCUGUUGAUGGCACAUGGUGGUUGUUUGAUGACAUGCGUGUCGAGAAGAUAAAUGAGAAUCAGAUUAUCACCAAGGCUGCUUAUCUUUUGUUUUACGCCCGACGUAAUGUUGGCUCCUCAUCAGCUUCGGAAUCUUCUUCAGGAUCCGAUCAUUGGACAAGGAGGAUGCCGCAAUUUUCAUUUGAAUCUGUGUUA